UAUUAUGUUGUACCACGAAUUCUGUCAAAAUUUAGGCCUACCUCGACGAAACACUUCAAUAAAACCGACUCGUCCAAUUCACGCGUCUCGUUCGCACCGUCCUUGCGUCGCUCUCUUGGCGCUGCUGGCGGCGGACCAACGCAUCCAUCUAAAUGGCCGCCGCCAUUAGACGCUUUGCUUCUCGAGCUCCUUGUGCACUUACUUUGGCUCUCAGACAGCGCUCUCUUCUUCGUCCCCAUGUAGCGUCUUCUGGCGUAAAAACGGAACAGCCUUAAAAACUGAAUUAAACGGAGCUAACAAAAUAAAAUUGACAAAAUUUCUGUUUCAUUCUUUUUGCUACAUAUGUACAAAAAGCAUGCAGUUUGAAGGAUCUACACAUGCCUUGCGCUGGAUAUUUUCAAGAAGUAAACUUGACGAGCUAUAUAAGAAGGCAGACCGGCGUUCAUUUCCCGCAAAUAAGGAGUCCGCAGAUGGCGAGCUUCAGUCCGGUGCCGAAGAGUGUAUGACGGAUGAAGAGGAGGCUAUCAUCGUGGCAAUGAACGAGAAGCAAUUGCUUGACUUAUGCAAUCAUUUGAAAGCGCCAGAAUCGGUUACUUAUACAGCCUUGACAUUUCUGAGGCGCUACUAUCUUUACCACAGCGUUAUCGAGUACGACCCAUCCGAAGUCACGGUUACGUGUCUUUUCAUUGCUAGCAAGGUGGAAGAAAACCGAGAAAUCACAGCCAUGAAGUUGCACUUGACUGUCAAAAAUUUUGAGAUAAAAAAUAUGAUUGAAAUAGAGUUGCCCAUUAUGGCAGGAAUAAAUUUCGAUCUACAAGUCUUUUUACCCUUUCGACCCCUUUAUGGAUUCGUGUUGGAUUUGCAAGAUGUUGUCCCUCAGCCGGACCCGUCUUACUAUUCGAGCUUGUACAGCAAGGCGCAUUCCAUCUUGCUCCAUUCCAUGAGAACCGAUGCGAUGUUCUUGUACUCGCCGUCUCAGCUGGCUCUUGCUGCGCUGAUAUCAGCGAGUCGCUCACUGGAAGACGGAAAGUUCGCGCCCUAUGUCGACCAGUACCUAAAGUCGGCGGGAUUGGAAUACGCAGCUUCCAAGCUGGAGCAAAUGGACAUGAUCAAGGUCAUGUUGGCUGAAUUACCGCCCAUCGAUUCAGUGAAGCGAAGGAAUGCCGUCAGAAAGCUAAAGCUUCUCAGAAGUCGUCUAUCUGCAUCGAGUCUUACUAAAACUCAGGAUGCUGGCCCUGUUCCGAGAAGUGGAGAGUCGCCACAUAAUGAAAAUCAAGCUAAUGAAGAAAACGCGAAAACGGGUAAGUUGGCCGAGGUCGUCAAAUAGGCGCAUUGUGUGACGUUCGUGGGAUUUCUUACGAACAAUUGAGCGUUUCGACGCAUGAAGUGCUCUCUGAGAACUGUUUAAAGGCUGGCCUAGUUCAAUCUCAUCCCCUUCAUGCUCGCACCUCCGGAGCUGGCUGUACUACAACUCGAUGCUGCCGAGCGCCGUAUUGCGGCGUCUGUCCCAUCGUGGUCGUCUGAGCAUCUCAUUUUCAAAAAAAAAAAAAAUAUUAAUCGCAAACGUUUUUGUGCGUAAUGCGCGAUUAGAAUUGCGUCUGGUCUCUCUUGUCGAGAAAGAUGGUGCAUCAGGCACGCAACGAGACGUUAUCUGGCACACACGCCUUCCUUCAUUGAGAGGGGAGGCCUGUAGGUCUGAAGGUGGGUCGAGUUAGAGUACAGAAUACGUGUCUGCGACGAAGAAAUUUGAAGGUGCGUGGCGGCUAGUUGGGAACAGACGUUUUUACCUUGUGUGGAGCUAUUUCGGCUUUCGAGAGCGAUUACAUGUGUGGAGGCGCAUGAAUUGGGUUAUUUGAGGUUGCGCGAGGGUUUUGUCAUCGGAGGAGAAGGCGUGUCUAUUCGCGAGAUUUUGUGCCGAGAAAAAAAAUUUUUUUUAUUCGGAUUGCUUUUUCGGAUCGUUAUUAGUUGUUAGUGGUUGGUCGCGUUGGCAUUAAGAUGACGAAGAAGAGAAGAAAUGGGGGGCGAAAGAAAGCUGGCCGCGGCCAAGUUCGACGAGUGAAUUGCUAUCAGUGCAGCAAUUUGGUUCCAAAGGACAAGGCGACGAUGAGGUUUACGAUUCGAAACAUGGUGGAUGCGUCUACGAAGCGUGACAUUGAAGACAAUGCGGCUAUUCCUGGGUACCAGAUUCCCAAGUUAUAUUUGAAGACCGAGUAUUGCGUAUCGUGCGCGAUUCAUUCGAGGAUCGUACACGUGCGUUCGCGAGAGGACCGCAGAAUUCGAAAUCCCGUCCAGUCUCGUCCGCGAAGUUAGAGGUCGAGUGGGUUGGGGAUUUACGGGCUGGAAUGACAGUACGAGGAGAGGAGGUGUAAUAAAAACAUGUUUGACAAAUUAAAAAAAA